UGUGUGUCAGUCGGUUUUCGGAUCAGGCGCCGAUCAGUCGAGUUGACCACAAAGCACGGGAAGAUCAGUCCGCCGGGACCAUGCUGAAUGGAAAAUUCUACACGGGCCUGCCGCCCAAAAUGGUGGAGCGUCAGGGGGUGAAGGUGUGCAACCGCCAGGAGUCCCACUUCUUCUGGCCAGACGAUUCCCGGGCGGACUCGGCGGUAGAGAAUCGAGUGAAGAGGAGGAACAGCCAGCAGUUGGAGAGGCCUACGCAGAGGAUUACAUCGACUCAGGACUCCCCAACUGAAGUGGACACAAGGCGCAUGUUUCACAAGGAGUUUGCCAGCUCAUCCAUACAGUUCUACGACAAUCUGCAGUCCAAUACGGGCAGUAAAGCCCCCUUAGGCAGGGGACUGCGCAGGGAAAUAACCCCCAAGCUCACUGAGGUGAGGCCCCAGGAACUGGUCAAUAAAUCCGAGGAUACUUCCGAUCGCCGCCAGCAGGCUUACAGCUCCAAAAUCCAGUUCUACGACUACGUAAACGAGGCUGAUAAUGUCACACAAAAUAACGCCCGAAGAAAAAAUGGAUUUCAAAUGGACUUCAAUGACAAACGUGAAGUGGAGCUCAAUUCCAAGAACAGCCCCAAGCUGCAGGUGAAAAGAGAUGUGCGCAGUUUGAGUGUCGAGCUGGAGCCCAAGGUCACAAAGAAGCCGCUGAACGACAGUCCCGAGUGGCGGCGACCCCGUCCACUGCCACAGCCACUGCCCAAGAGGAUACUCAAGCCAAGUCCCCACCAGGAUCAGGAUGCCUACGAUUACGUGGAGAAGCGCGUGCGGAGAUUGCAGUUGACCUGGAGUCCUGGCUUGCCCAAGAAGCAUGUGACCUACAACGAGGAGGCUGCGGAGUACGCCUACUACGAUGACAGGGAGGACUGUGUGGAUCGCGGGGAUCGGGAAGAGCCCACAUACGAGAGUCGACCCCGUCAGCAGCCAAAUAUGCCGACAGGAAGUCGUCAGCAGCAUCGCUCAUAUAUGGAAACCAGUCGGACCAAGCCAUUAAAUAAUAAUAACAAUUAUCAGGGCAGCCCGAGCAGGAAAAUCUUGCCAAAAUUGCCAGAGAGCCAGGCCAGAGGCGGGCCCAUAGACUUGGCCGAAGACGACCCCCCUCUGCCCUCCGACCCCCGCAAGCACCUGCGCAGCAGCCUCUGCUUCAGCGGCGACGCGUUGAUGGUGGGCGGUGCGCCGCCGACGGACAAGUCGACUGCGCAGGCGCGGCGCAGCUCCGCCGGCCAGAGAAUCAGCGUGGGCCUGCCGGAUUGAGGCGGCGAUUGAGAGCUCCAGUUUGCAUGGUUUUCAAUGCAGCUACACGGGGAGAAAAGCUGUGGAAGUGAGCGGAAAAUUAGUUAUUUUUUAGUUUGAAAAGCGUUAAGAUCGUGCACAUGGGGAAAAGUGUAAAGCUGAACUCUAAAAAAAUGCAAGGUAUAACUCUCUACAAUAUUGUUACGAUUUUACGAGUCUAAAAAAUAUAACUUAGUGACUAUUUUUUUGAAACAAAAAGUUAAGAGAGUGCCCAUACAAAAAACCACAACAUAAUUUUUUAGAAAGGCCACUUUAAAAACAAUUGUUUGCGAUACUGUUAUCGUGUAUAAUAUUUUCAAAACUACAACCUAGAUGCAAUAUUACAUUUUUCUCAGUGACAGCAGCAACCUGCAAUGCUAAUUGAAAGCAACAGCUGAGAAAAACGCCGACUGCGACUGCAGUAGAAGCAGCAACAUCAGCGGCAGCAGCAGCAACAGCCCAGCAGCAACUUGAAGCGACAGCAGCAACAUUUCCAGGCACGGCGGCAACUCAACCACUUCGAGCCUCACUUCUACGAUCAUCUGCCCAACUUUGACUUCACCCACAUGCGAAUGAAUGAGUCGGCUUCGUCAUCUCUGUGCGGUUGAAUACAUAAACAAACCUUGAUCUUGACUAAUUUGUGGGCAUUGCUGUUGUUGUGCAACCCGACCAUGUAUUAAUUUGUCUUUAGAAGCCAACGCAGAACAAUCUAUUAUAAUAGAGAUAUGCUAAUAAACUGAUACAUAACCAAAUGAACUUCGCAUUGGGAAGCAUUCAAUUAAGCCGUAAACUUGAUAUAGGCAGAAAAGCAUUAUAAGUCGUCUUUUAAGAUUAUGGAGUUGAACUAAUAAAGUAACUUAUAAUCGUAA